CGUGAACGCGUCGGACUGCACACCGUGAGCAGCGCUGAUUGAGCAGCAGAGCGGCGGCGGUGACGACGGCCAUCUUAGAGCUACCGCGGUAACAGACACUCAUCUUCUGGAUUUUAUUCUUCUGGCCCAGAGACACGCUCCGCCUGACUGACGGGGGAAGAAGAAGGAGAAGGAGAAGCAGAAGGCCGCCUCUUACUUCACCGCGGUUGAACUCCAAGUCGGGAUGCGGUUCCGAGGGAAUACACGAUUUGCCUCCGCUGUCGGACUGGUCCUCGGACUAUUAUGUGCGGUGGAAGCAGCUAAAGUCAAUAAGCACAAACCAUGGAUUGAGACGACGUACCAUGGGAUCGUAACGGAAAACGAUGAGAAAGUGCUACUGGACCCCCCUCUAAUUGCACUGGACAAGGAUGCUCCUCUACGCUAUGCAGAGAGUUUUGAGGUGACCCUCACUGAUGAAGGUGAGAUUUGCGGCUUCAGGAUCCACGGGCAGAAUGUCCCCUUUGAGGCAGUGGUCCUGGACAAGUCCACUGGCGAGGGGGUCAUCCGGGCCAAGGACAAGCUGGACUGUGAGCUGCAAAAGGAGCACACCUUCACCAUUCAGGCUUACGACUGUGGAGAGGGUCCUGAUGGUGCCAACAUGAAGAAGUCCCACAAGGCCACCGUCCACAUCCAAGUGAACGACAUCAACGAGUAUUCACCCGUGUUCAAGGAGAAGUCCUACAAAGCCACCGUUAUCGAGGGAAAGAAGUAUGACAGCAUCCUGAAGGUGGAGGCAGUGGACGCCGACUGCUCGUUCCAGUUCAGCCAAAUCUGCAACUACGAGAUUGUCACCCCUGAUGUGCCCUUCACCGUCGACAAAGACGGCUUCAUUAAGAACACAGAGAAACUGAGCUACGGCAAAGAGCGCAUGUAUAAGCUGACCGUGACCGCCUACGACUGUGGAAAGAACCGUGCCUCAGAGGACGUGCUGGUCAAGAUCAGCGUCAAACCCACCUGCAAACCCAGCUGGCAAGGCUUCAAUAAGAGGAUUGAAUAUGAGCCUGGCACAGGUAGCCUGGCCCUUUUCCCCAGCAUGCACUUGGAGACCUGUGAUGAACCAAUCACCUCUAUCCGAGCCAGUAUUGAACUGGAAACCAACCAUAUCGGGAAGGGCUGUGACCGUGACACCUAUUCUGAGAAGUCCCUGCACAAGCUGUGUGGUGCGAGCUCUGGUACAGUGGAGCUCCUUCCCGCACCGAGCAGCUCUGCCAACUGGACGGUCGGGCUGCCCACCGAUAACGGGCACGACAGUGACCAGGUGUUUGAGUUCAAUGGUACCCAGGCCAUCAAGGUCCCCGAGGGCAUGGUGAGCACCAGCCUGAAGGAACCCUUCACCAUCUCUGUGUGGAUGAGACACGGCCCCGGGGCCCAUGAGAAGGAGACCAUCCUCUGCAACUCUGACAAGACAGAGAUGAACAGACACCACUACUCCCUCUACGUCCACAACUGCAGACUGAUCCUUCUCCUCCGUCAGGAUCCAUCUGAAGCCGAGAACUACAAACCAGCAGAGUUUCACUGGAAACUCGACCAGGUGUGUGACAAAGAGUGGCAUCACUAUGUGCUGAACGUGGAGUUCCCCACCGUGUCUAUGUUUGUGGAUGGAACUACGUUUGAGCCCUUCCUGGUUACAGAGGACUACCCGCUGCACGCCUCCAAGAUUGCAUCUCAGCUCACGAUUGGUGCCUGCUGGCAAGAAAACUCAGGACAUGACAAUGACACUGAGACAGUCUCUGAGCCCACCUCAGGCGGAAACGCUCGUAUGGGUCAGUUUUUCCGAGGGAACCUUGCGGGGCUGAUGAUCCGCUCUGGCAAACUGGAGAACAAGAAGGUGAUCGACUGUUUGUACACAUGCAAGGAGGGCCUGGAUGUGCAGCUGCCUGAGGAGGUCGCUUCAGCUGUCAAGGUGGAGUUCAACCCCAACCAGUCCUCUCUGACCGUGGAGGGCGACGACAUCGAUGCCUUUGACAAGGUCAUGCAGCACAUCUCCUAUUUGAACUCUCGCCAGUUCCCGACACCUGGCAUCAGGCACCUUCGCAUCUCCACCACCGUCAAAUGCUUCAAUGAGGAGUCCUGCGUUUCGGUGCCAGAUGCUGAGGGUUACGUGAUGGUGCUGCAGCCCGAAGAACCCAAGAUCAGCCUGAGUGGCAUCGACCACUUUGCCCGCAGUGCUGCCGAAUUCGAGAGCCAGGAAGGCGUGACGCUGUUCCCCGAGCUGCGCAUCGUGAGCACCAUCACCCGUGAAGUGGAGGCUGACGCUGAGAUUGAAGUCACGGAGGGAGCUGAUGAUGACCCCACGGUCCAAGAGACAGUGGUGUCAGAGGAGAUCAUGCACAACCUGGACACGUGUGAAGUGAGUGUGGUGGGAGACGAGCUGGACGGGGAGCACGAGAGCCUGGAGGUGGACAUGUCCCAGCUGCAGCCACGCGGCCUGGAGAUGAGCUCCUCUAACCUGGGCCUCGUCAUCACAGGUGUGAACACCAUGGCCAACUACGAACAGGUUCUGCACCUGAUCCGUUACAAGAACUGGCACACUGAGGCUCUGUUUGACAGGAAGUUCAAACUGGUCUGCUCUGAGCUCAACGGUCGCUACAUCAGCAAUGACUUCAAGGUUGAGGUGAAUGUAAUCCACACAGCCAAUCCUGUGGAGCAUGCCAACAACGCCAUGGUGCAGCCCAAUUUCAUUAACCCCAUCCAUCAUGCCGCCGUGGAUCUGUCUGGUCACAACCUGGUCAACGCUCACCAGGCCUCAGUGGUUCCCAGCGCUGCCACCAUUGUCAUUGUGGUGUGCGUCAGCUUCCUGGUGUUCAUGAUCAUCCUGGGCGUGUUCCGCAUCCGUGCUGCUCACCAGAGAACCAUGACAGACCAGGAAAAUGGCAAGGAGAACGAGAUGGACUGGGACGACUCGGCUCUCACCAUCACCGUCAACCCCAUGGAGACGUACGAGGACCAGCACAGCAGUGAGGAUGAUGAGGAAGAGGAGGAAGAGAGCGAGGACGGAGAGGAGGAAGAUGACAUCACGAGCGCUGAGUCAGAGAGCAGCGAGGACGAGGAGGGCGCGGAGCCGGAGGACCAGCAGGGCGCCAGCAGGCAGCAGCAGCUGGAGUGGGACGACUCUACCCUCACCUACUAGAAUGAAUACACACACACACACACACACACACACACACACACACACACACACACACACACACACACACACACACACACACACACACACACACACCAAAUGCAUAUUACACUCAACACAGAUCUCUCUGACAUACACAUCACCAACUAACACUUACUCAGAGGGUUACACACACACACACACACACACACACACACCACAGAUUCAUGUCUAAGGAGCCAGGAUGUAAAAAAACAACAAAAACACAAAAAAAAAUUCCCUUCAGCGUCGAGGUUUUCCUGUUGUUAUCUUAGUGGUGGUACUCAGUGUAGUGUAGUUAUCACCGGAUUGCUGAUUUUUACUGUUUAUUUUUUUAUUUAUUAUAUUUUAAUUCCCAGGAAAACUUGGCCUACAUUUGUUUUGAACUGUGUGAGGAAGCCAACCCUGCACUUUUUAUUUUUUCUCAGACAAGAGGCGUUCAAACAGAGAAUCAUUUUCAUUUUUUUUCCCUGAUGUAUAUUCUUGCUUAAUGCUUUUAGAAUUGUUUGCAGCUAAACUCACUUGACUUGAGUUUUCUUAGUUGUCCACAGUGAAAAAAAUUUGCUUUUAACAAGUACACUGCAUUUUCUUUUCAAAUUUUUUUUCUUUUUAGUGCAUGAGGAUAUUUGAGUCGUAUGUGUAGAGAAAUAAAUUGCUUUUUAAAGAUUUUGUAAAUAUAAAGAAACCAUGUAAUUAGUCGAUGUGUUAGUGAAGGCCUGCUCAACAGGGUCCAAUAUCUAAAACAACGCAGUAUGUAAUGUAGAAUAUUUGUGUCACAGAGGCUGUAGCAUGUUGCAAAACUUUUCCGCAAAAAGCUGUUCCAUCAUGCUUGUACAAAAACUGUCUGCUUCACGAUGAGAAACCCAGGACUGUUCAGCAGAGGUUUCCAUGACAGAGUUGUGUCUAUUUUGUCUUUUUCUUUGUUUUUGCAAAAACAAAAACCAUUUGUUUUACGUACAUGUAAAGCAGGACUGGUGGAUGGUUUCAGCUUCACACAUGCUUUGCUCUGCUUGCACAGGUGGCAAUGCUCUACAUGUCACAUGUAUUUCAUUCCCAGUAGAUCUCACUGUUGUACAGAGGGGAUUUUCUUUUUUUCUUUUUUUUGUUCGAGUAAUAAUCUUACUCAGAGAAACGCUAAUGUACAAAUUGACAUUUUGUGUGGGACGGUACAAACACCAGACCAGCGGGUUCUGUUGUGCUGUUAAUCUUGAAAUAUGGGUACUAACAUUUCUGCCAGUGUAAUUGGACGUGUAGGGAGAUUUCCUCAGCAGCUUUAAAACGUCUUCUGCCCGUUUCUGUGUUGACAGAAGUAGGGAGGAAAAUAAAAAACCUUCAAAGUACUGAAGGAGCAGAUCUCUGACAGACGCAGCUGCGCUGGUUGAAUUGUGCUGUCGCCGGCUUCGUUUUUGGAAAGAAAAGUGAAAUGAAAGUACUUUUCAGGAUUGCUCUGUUGCAACUUUAUUUUCCAUAGCCCAGCUAUUUAAUCUGAAGUAGAAAUACUACAUAUAUAAGAUGCAUUUUUAAGAUGGUUUCUUACUGCAAACUGAGCAUUAUCUUUAGUGCAAUUUAUGGAAUUACAACUGCGGGCAUGACUGCGUAGUUUGCAACAGGAAAACACUUUAAAAAUGACUCAUCUUCUCGUUUGGAUCUAAAAAUUUGAUAUUUUUUUGCAUUAGACCACUAGAUUUUAUUGUACAUGGAACUGUACUGUAGAGUUGUUCUAAGAUAUUUGUUUACAUUUGGUAAACUUGUUUUCCUUCUGGUAUUAGUAUAAAGCUUAUACAACUGAUUGGGAAAAUGUGUCCAACCUCUUAACUCCUCUCAGACACUGUUGUAACUAUUGUGUUUGUCUCAUGUUUUUGUGAACUGAGUAAAAAAUGUAAAUCAUUUCCUAAACCUACAUUAAUUAAAAUCAGCGUUAUCAGGAUUAGAAGUGUUGGGCGUCGCGAGUCCCAUAUUUUGCAUGCAGACCUAUUUUCAGAGGCCAAGAAUUUCAGUUCAGAAACACAUGAAAGGCUGUUUUUGAGGAUUUGAGUCGCACUGUUGCGUUUGAUUUCAUUUUUUAAGUUCAAUAUAAUUCCGUGGUGGAAACGUAGUGAACAGUCUCCCCCUCCUCGAUGACUCGGAACAACAAGAAGAAGAGGUCUGAGCCGGCUGAGAUGGGAGUGCCUUUUGCCUUUUAUCAAUCAUAGCGAAAUUAGCAGGUCUAACAAUAACACUCAUCCAUGCUCCUUUUUUUUUUUUUGUGGCUUUGUUGGGGCCCGAGGACUCACAGUCCUGUUGGAAUUGCUCGGAUUAUUAUUACUUGAUUUGUGUUUGUUAAAUGCUAGAUUUCCUGCAGAGCUGGGGGAUUACACUUUUCUUUUAAGUCUGUUGUAUCAAUAAUCCACCGCUACUUUUAUUAACAGCAACAAACAUUUCACAUAGAUGUCAUGUGUCCAUGUUGAUGUGUAGAGGAAGUAGAUCCAUAUUGUACCUUCUAUAGAUAUUGUACUAAAUCAUAUUGACGGAAUCCACCUUUAUAAAAAAGAUGCACAGUACAUAAUGAAAUUGCUUUGGCGGCGUACAUGGGUUUACUCUUAAUUGACCUGUUUGUGUAUAGUGGAAGGUGAUUUUUGAACAGUGUCCUAUUGCCUGAGUUGUCGAGAAAUGAUUUUUGAGGGCAGCAUGAAAUUCACAAGUGUCGAAGCCUGUCGACUCUGAAAUCGUCACGGUUUCAUUCAGUCAAACACAAAAUGUCCACAUUGCAUCUACAGUAAAAAGUACAGUACCAGGGGUCACUGACAUGUGCACGCUGACUCUGAGGUCAAGUCUCCUCAGUGACUCCACCAUCUCCGGUUCUCUGGGGCAUAUGAUUUCCAUAUAAAGUGUAAGUCAGUUGAAUUGAAUGUCACUGCCUAACAAACUGAAAAGCAGCCAUACCGUAGUAACACUAAAGAUGUAAGGGUGGGGGGGGGGGAUUUACUUUGCAUGAACCACAAGUUUGUGUACGUUCCAUGUGGGGUUGUGAGACUGGAGUGAGAAAGGAGACGUGAUACACUGAUUCUCAUACUGUCCGUUUCACACGUCCACAACACUCCAGAUAUAUAUAUAUAUAUAUUUUGUUUGUUUUUUUCUUUGAGAAUUUGCUUGAGGAAGGAAGGUGAUGGCGUUAUUUUUGUUUUAUUUUUGAACAGUUGGAUGUUUCCUUUGUGCUUGUUGGAGCUGCUCUCACUUUUCUACCAAUUGAAAGGCAAAUUGUAGUGAAGUUGAUGCUUGCUCGCAAACAAAAUAAAGGAUGAUGAGAUGGGGUAUA